CUUCCUGCUUCCGGUGUGUCACAUUGAUCUCCGUCCGACCAGCAGCAGCAACAACGCGUGAGGAAGCCGCUGCAGAGACGCGAUGCUCUCCGCUUUAAGAGAGAGAACCGGGGACGUUCUGCUACCGGGAGACGAGUUCUGCUUCCAGCCCGACGACACCCUCUCUCUAACGGGCCCCGCUCACCCGGAGAAGCUGGUGUGUGGACCGGGUCUGAGGCGGAGCGGAGACCGGCUGCUGGUGUGUAAGAGCGGCGUCCUGCGACACAGACAGCCCAACACGUUCUGGAUGGAGUCCCAGCAGAGGAGGUAUGUCCCCGCUAAAGGUGAGACCGUCAUCGGCAUCGUGACGGCCAAAUCGGGAGACGUCUUCAAGGUGGACUUUGGAGGAAGUGAGCAGGCGUCUCUGUCCUACCUGGCCUUUGAGGGAGCGACCAAGAGGAACCGCCCCAACGUCCAGGUGGGCGACCUGGUGUUCUCCCAGUUCCUCAUAGCCAAUAAGGACAUGGAGCCGGAGCUGGUGUGUAUGGACAGUUCAGGACGAGCCAAUGGGAUGGGAGUGUUUGGAGGAGGAGGUCUGCUCUUCACGGUCUCUCUGGGACUCGUCAGAAGACUGCUGUCCCCCCACAGUGAGGUCCAGUCAGACCUGCAGCAGCUGUUCCCCUGUGAGCUGGUGGUCGGGAUGAACGGCCGUCUGUGGGUGAAGUCCUCCAGCGUUCAGCAGACGCUCGUCAUCUCCAACCUGCUGCAGAGCUGUGACACCAUGACGGCCCAGCAGAGACGCCAGCUGUUCAGGGGUGGCACAGGGGGCGCUGUAGACCACAUCAGACCUCAUCCCACACCUGAAGAUAAACCUGGACCAGCAGCUGUUCAGGAGGGUGGCACAGGGGGCGCUGUAGACCACAUCAGACCUCAUCCCACACCUGAAGAUAAACCUGGACCAGCAGCUGUUCAGGAGGGUGGCACAGGGGGCGCUGUAGACCACAUCAGACCUCAGGUACACCUCCACCUGGUUCCAGAGGACGGGUCCCGUCUGUGUUCAGGAUGCUGAACUCAGCUGAGUUCCGUUGACGUUUGUCCUCUUUAUGAAGUGAAGUCUCAGGGAGACGGAGGUGAAGAAGAUUUCCUUUGAACACAUUCAGUCUUUGUUCUCGUUUUUAGAGACGAGGAUAUGUUGACGUGUUUUAUCAGCUAAAUGUUCUUUAACGUUCAUAUUUCUUCCAAAAGUUAAGACUUGAAAAUGUAAAACUAUAAACAUGAAAACCAAUUAAUUGUUUCUGAAUUCUUU